AGUUGCACUUGGGCUGCCGCACUGCCAGUUCCCAACGGUCGUUUCUCCGUCUCUAUUUAUGCUCUAUGUACAGUCGAACUUGGCUUGUUUCGAUCGCGCUCGCUUGUUUUUUACCGGACCAAUUGCCUUCCCGCUACGCUUGUGUUUGUUUACGCUGUGCAUCUAUAGAGUGAAGCUGUUCUCAUAUUAGCUGAAGGCCGCCUACAUACAUUCGCACCCUACCAAGCGAGUUCUCGCAAUUUUUGACUCACUCCUGCCAAUUCAGCUGCACCCUUCAUACUCGUAGGGUUCAGAGGCAAUGAAAUAAAUGUUCGCAAGGAAGCUGAACGUUUUUCAAAUAAUCAGUAAGCCGAACGCAGCAAUAGCUAAGGAAAGAAAGAAUGAGAAAGGAGAAAGGAGGAAUUGACAAGCUGCCACAAUGCAGCAGAAAUGAUGACCGAAUUCGCCAGUCAAUAUUUAUUCAAUAGGAAUGAGAAGGCACUCAGGGCAUCUAAGCAAAGUGCGAUAUUUUACUCAGCAGACAGCAUUGGCGACGAAAACGACCAAAUUUUACAAAAACUUGAGCAACGAAGUGCUUCUCUGACGGCCCUGCACGCCAGCGUCAGCUCUGCGCAGCAGCACUCCGCAUCUAGAAUGGCUCAGUUGGAAAGUUUGGAAGCUAAGAUGGCGAGUAUCGAAGUGUCUCUAUCGGCGAGCCCAAGGCGAAAGAAAGGUAGCAGCCUUUCCGGAGGCUUAAUCACCCCGUCGAGUCAUCGCAGCCGCGAGCAUUACAAGGAACUGGAUUCUCUACGAGUCGCGCUGCGGGACAAAGAGAACAUCAUUCAAACCUUGAAGGGCCAACUGUGCAACACACUGAGCAGUCGGCUGGCAUUGCGCAACGGAGCCCCCCCUCCCUUGACGGAGGCAGACAGGAAGGCCAGCGAGGAGCGUCUUCAGAGGUUGAAGCGGGACGCCGACAACAAAAGACUGACAAUAAAGAACUUGAAGCUCGCGCUGCAGCGUCUCGAUAUCACCGAUAACAUCGACGUACGAAUCCAGCAAGCAGAGCUCGAAUACAGACUGGGAAGAGAGGAACUAGAAAUGCUAACUUUGAAAGAAGAGAGCAGAACUCUGCAAACUGCUUUGGAACUGGCCGAGACUCAAGAGAAGCAAAAGAGCGACACGAUUUUCAGUUGCAUCAGUGGAUCGACGCAGCUGACCGUGCACGCGCUGGAAGUUAGCGCCGAUCCGAAAAGUCCGCGCUUUGGCGCGGGACCGCGAGAGAACGCCGCCGGUCUGUACAUAGAUUGGGCCGUCGAAGAUUCCGGCUUAUGCAAAGGAGACAGGCUCCUGGAGGUGAACGGCAAGCUGGUGGUGGGCGCGGGACGGAGCGAGCUGGCGCGGCUGCUCGCGGUGGCUCCCGACGCCGCCCAGCUGGUCGUGCUGCGCAGGAACGACUCUCUGGCCGCGCUGCGCACCCUUCGCUCGGACAACCUCCGGCUCACGCACCGCAUCGGCUACCUCGAGGAGCAAGUGCGCGACCUGCUGGCGCCCAGGACCGAGAUGUCGGCCGACCUCGAAGCUGCCUCGUCGCCCCGCCAGGACCAGCUGCAAGUGUUCCAGAAGGGGCCGCGGGUCACGGCGCUGCUGUCGAGCUCGGGCCCGGCCGCGGACGCGCGCCAGAGCCUGCCCCACGCGAAAGCGUCCGCGGAGGGGCUGCGUCCGGGCCGUGGCAGGCUCCAGCAGCAGCAGCAGCAGCAGCAGCAGCAGCAGCUGGCCAAGUCCACGGCCAGCCUGGAGCUCGGCCAGAGCGACACCGGCUACCAGGGCUACGGGCCUUCCUCGAGCGCCUCGCCGCGGCGACGCGCGCCUCGGGCCGACGAGCAGGCGCGCCACCGGGCCCGCAAGUCCCAGCAGCUACUCGCGCAGUGCCACGAGUUCGACUCGGAGCCCAGCUACUGCAGGCGUCAGGACGCGCAGUCGCGGGCGUCGCAGCACUCGGAGGCCUCGCUCACGGCCUACGGCGCGCCAGACUACGGCGGCGGCAGGAGUCGGCCGGCGCCGCCGAAGAAGCCGCUGAGGCUGUCGCUGCACCGGGCCACGAGUCUGCAGUCGGUCGAGAGCGCGCCACCCACCGUCUCCUGCUCGUCGACGAGCCACGAUCUCGCCUACAGCCCCUCGAAGAAGCCGACCAAGCGCAAUUACCGCGGUGAUCCGCCGCUGCCGUCGGCCGACUGCCAGGAGCCGGCUGACUUCGCGGAGCCGAGCUCCGCGCAGCGGCAGUCUGCGCCCCAGCCGCCGCCAAGGACGCCAUCCCGCGCCCAGUCUUGCCAGAGCGCCCUCAGGUGGUCCUCGCCCAAGCCCAAAACUUCUCACCUCCCUCAAUUUUCCCUCGAGAAGUGGUGCUGACGGUUAAAAUCCACGGCAGUUUAGUCCAAAACUGCUUGUGGAUUUCCGUUUACUGCAAAUGCUUUGUGCGUUUUUCUUGUUUAUCGAUCGAUUGCAUCUAACGCUGCACUUGACUCUACAUCGAUUUCUUGCUGGCGAUGUUACGCGCUCAUUCGCCUGCAUUUUCUACCCAGUAGCUUUGCCAUCCUUUUCUUCCACUCAAUUUUGGUAAAAGCAAACCCAUCUACGUUUCUUUUAGUUGUAUACCUUACUCGUAAGGAACGACUAUCGUCGAUACUUUGGAGUAUCUUGAUAUUUCAUUUUUGCAAUAUAUUUACACGCAUCAAAUUGCAAUUCUAGCUGUUAACUUGACCCUUUAUUUAAAACUAAAUACUGCACUUUUUAUUCGAGCAUGAAAAUUGCAAACUCUUAGCUUUGUAAA